UUUAAAUUUAUUCUCCCGCGUUUUUGUGACAGGGUCGUAGUUCAACGGAAGUACUGGUUGUAUCCGUAUUUAAAGGCGCCAAACCAGCCAUCUUUUUUUUUUACCUGCAGCUUUAUCAUACACACAUCAUCCAACAGUACAUUAGUUUAUUCACCGCCACUAAAAUGCCCGAGGAAACAGCAGCUGCUUCAACUACCGAAAGUAUGGAGGAGAAACCUUGCUCAUCAAGUGCCCCAGACAGCUCCGUUGACGUAUCUGAGGAAGCAAAGAAGCUGAUUGGCACAGGCAACCGGCACUUGGUGAUGGGUGAUGUUGUGUCUGCAGUCAGUGUGUUCCAAGAGGCCUGUGCCAUGUUAGCUGAAAAGUAUGGAGAUACUGCUGAUGAAUGUGGGGAAGCUUUUUUCUUGUGUGGGAAGGCCCUUCUGGAGCUUGCCAGGAUGGAGAAUUCAGUGCUUGGUAAUGCUUUGGAGGGAGUCCCUGAAGAAUCCUCUGAAGAGGGAGAUAAACAAAAUGAUUCCAAGAUUGAGAGUGCUGACAACUUGGAUGAGAAAACCAGGGAUGAGCUUCGGGCGCAGGUUUAUGAUGCCAUGUCAGAGGACAAAACCAGUUCAGAGGUAGAGAAAGAAGUGGGGGAAGAGGAGCAGAAAAUGCAGGACAAGGAAGCUAAAGCACUAAAAGAGGAUGCAGCAUCGCCAAAGUCCGAGUUGAAAGCUGUUGAAAAUGAAAGCAAACACACUGACAAUGAGGAGAAACCUGCUGAAAGUGAGGUCAAGAAGACGAAUGGUGUAGCUGAAGGAGCUUUGGAAAAGGAAGAUGUAACUGUGUCGAAUGGAGUAACAAAGGCUGAGAAAGAUGAGAUUGGCACCGAUGAACAAAGUGGGAAUAAAGAGAAUGAAGAACCUAUGGAAGAAGGUGGAGGUAAUGAUGAUGACGACGAAGACGACGACGAUGAUGAGGAAGCAGAGGGUGACGCAAAGGAGAAGGACAGUGAGGAGGAAGUUGGAAACCUGCAGUUGGCCUGGGAGAUGCUUGAGGUUGCCAAGGUCAUUUAUAAAAGAAAAGAUGACAAGGAAGAUCAGCUAAUGGCUGCCCAGAUCUACCUGAAACUUGGAGAAGUUGGAGCUGAAUCAGGCAACUACAGCCAGGCUUUGGAGGACUUCAAUGAGUGCUUAGCCCUGCAGCUGAAACACCUUCCCUCUCAUAGUCGUCUUUUGGCUGAGAUUCAUUACCAGUUGGGCACAACUUACAGUUACACAGCCCAGUACAGCCAAGCCAUUGAGCACUUCUCCAACUCCAUCAAAGUCAUCGAAAGCCGUCUUGCUAUGCUUCAGGAGGUGAUCAAAAAGGCAGAGGGUGCAGAAGCAGCACAGGUAGAGAAGAGUGAACUAGAAGAGUUGAAACGGUUACUGCCAGAAAUUACUGAGAAGAUCGAAGAUGCCAAGGAGAGCGAGAGGACAGCAGCUAUAGCAUCUGAAGCCAUUCAUCAGACCCUUGCAGGAGCCUCUACUUCAUCUGCAUUCCCAUCUGAAAAUUGUGGCCCAUCUUCAUCUGGAGCUAGUCAGAUUGCUGUGAGGCCAGCUGAUGGUGCUUCCUCAAAAUCUGCAUCUGAUAUUUCUCACCUUGUCCGCAAGAAGAGGAAACCAGAUGAGGAGAGUCCAAAAAAGGACAGUGAUUCUAAAAAGACUAAACCGGAGACCUCAGUUAAUGGCAACUGUGACUCCACCCACAACAGCAAUGGAGUCCAAGAGAAAAUGGAACAUGAGGCGACAAAUUCUUCCGUGGAAACGUCUGCAUGAUGGGCCUCUCCUGACUGACCACUUACCUUCCAACCAGCAGAGCAUGCCUGCCUCCAUUCUUAACUUUUUUUUUUUUUGUUGUUGUUGUUUUUUUUUUGUACAUAAAACCAAUUUUCUUUGUCUAUCCAAUUUUUGUAUAACAAACUUUCAAUAAAGGAUAUUUGCAUAUGUGAACUGGUUUUAAUGAUACUUCCAGCUUUUAAAAAAUGUUCUGGAUUCAAUGCAAGUUGAGCUAUCAUCAGCAUCUGUAGCAUGCUGUUAAUUUACCACAAACAAUUGGAUUCGUCCCGAAGUUGUAAAACUGUUCGUAGUAAUGCAUUUGCUUUGAAAGUCAAUUGGGGGGGAAAAGCUUCUGGUGGGUUUAAAGGAAUAUUGGAAGUUUGACACUAUUUUAGGACUGGUUAAGAAUAUUAAUUUUUGUAUUCAUGGCAGUCUUAAUUUGAACUCUUGAUUCAACCAAGAUUGAUCUUUUACUCCAAGUGCAACCCUCAAUGAUGUGAGAAUCACUUGUGUAUGAUUAUUAAUCUAAUUAGUCUGAUUGGCCACUGGCUGGUAAAUGCUCUGGUUUCACUUACCAGUGAUGGUAAUGGGAAAUGUUUAGCACCAAGAUCCUUUCACUGUUCAAAGUUUGGGUUAGGGUUCAACCUGUUUGAUGUGACUAGAUCCACACAAUCCAUUUGUCAUUUAAUGUCUCUUAAUAUCCUCCAGCCAGUUGAUCAAAAACUAACAUUUAUUCCUGAUCACAUAUAGCACUGAGGCAUUAAAGAAGCUGUGCACUUUGUUCAUUCUGCUGCCAUUUCUUGGAGACCGUACUGAUUCAGCACUUGUUCUACAUAUCAGGGUGAAUACUUGUAAAAUAGGACAAAUUAUGAAUGUGAACAAACAUGUAUAUUAUACUUUUAAAAUGUAUUCCACUACAGAAUAAAUGGUGUAAAAUAUAA